AUGUUUUUCAAUAAUGAUCCUGUUACAGUCCCAAUGAUAGAAAGAAAUUCCAGUGACCCUCCUGAAAUGGACACCAGUGACCUGAACUCAUUGGUUGAAGAGGCUGUGCUAAGUUUUCAUCACAUCAGCUAUCAGGAAACAGUUCAGAGUAGCUUUGCAUGUUGUAAACAUGCGUGUAUUAUAGAAAGACUGUCAAAUAUCAGUGGGAUCAUGAAACCUGGCCUCAAUGCAAUUAUGGGACCACAAGAUGGGAGCAGAUCUUUGUUAUUAGAUGUCUUAGCUGCAAGGAAAGAUCCACGUGGAUUAUCUGGAGAUAUUUUGAUAAAUGGAAACCCUCGACCUGCUAAUUUCACAUGUACUUCUGGUUAUGUGCCACAAAAGGACAUGGUGAUGCACACGCUGACUGUAAGAGAAAACGUAGAGUUUUCAGCAGCUCUUCGACUUCCAAUAACUGUGACAAGAGAUGAAAAAAGAAGGCGAAUUAAUGAGGUCCUUGAACUUCUGCAUCUGGAUAAGGAGUCAAAUGUCAAGCCUAGAUCUAAAGAGCUCAGGAAAAGGACCAGUAUAGCCAUGGAGCUGGUCACCCAGCAUCCCAUUUUGUUCUUGGAUGAUCCCACCACUGGCUUAGACUUGAGCACUUCUACUGAUGUCAUCUCGAUCCUGAGAAGGAUGUCUAGGAUGGGACGGACCAUCAUCUUCUCCAUUGAUCGGCCUCAGUACUCCAUCUUCAGACUGUUUGACAGCCUCACCUUAGUAGCCUCAGGAAAAGUCAUGUUUCACGGGCCUGCGCAGGAGGCUUUGCCAUACUUCAUAUCUGCAGGUUAUGACUAUGAUUCCCACAACGACCCUGCGGACUUCUUCCUGGACAUCAUUAGUGGACAUCAUUUCUCUGCUCUAUUAGACACAGAAGAAGAUGGCCAUGAAUGUAAUGAACAUAAAGAUGUUUCUGAGAGACAGCACCAAGUCACAGAAGAAUUAGCCAAUAUGUAUGCCCAGUCCUCCUUAUACAGUGAAACGAGAACUGAACUGGAUCCACUCUUGGGGGAACAGAAUGCAGGGAGGAACUCAGCCUUGGAGGAGAUCACGUGGGUCACCCCUUUCUGGCAUCAACUCUGGUGGAUUAUCUGUCGUUCUCUUAAAAACUUCAAGGAUUUUCCAAGAACGACUAUAAUGAAGGCAUUUAUCAUAUUCAUACUGACUGUGUAUAUGCGUAUCACUUUACAUAUCCAAAGAAAUGUCUGUUCUGAAGUCCACACCAGAGCCGGCCUGCUCUUCUUGCUCACAGUCUUCCAGUGUUUUAUAAGUGUGAUUGCGGGAGAGGUUCUCAUGAUUGACAGGGAUCGUUUUCCACAUGAGUAUACCAGUGGAUACUACAGAGUGUCAUCGUAUUUCCUUGGGAAAUUGCUGGGUGAUCUGGUACCCAGGAGGUUAUUGCCAAGUAUUAUAUUUACUGUUAUAGUAUUCAUCAUAGUAGGAGUUGACACAGAUGUGAAGAGUUUCUUCAUGAUGAUAUUUACCAUCAUGAUGUUGACUUGUUCUGCCAGUUCCCUGCUGCUGUCUCCAGGGGCAGGGCAGAUUGCAAAGGGUGUACCAACAACCUUCCUUGCGACCAUCUACUUUGUGGCCACGCUGUUUUGCUCAGGUCUGUCACUGUAUUACAUGAACUUCAUGCAGGCCCUCUCAUGGAUUAAGUACUUGAGCAUUCCACAUUAUGGAUUUACAGCUUUUCUGCACAGUGAUCUCCUGGGACAAAAUUUCUGUUCAGAAAACAAAACAGUAGAAUUCAUUACGUGUCAGAACUCUGUAAUAUGCACUGGAGAAGAAUACUUGGCAAUCCAGGGCAGUGACCUUUCAUCGUGGGGCUUCUGGAAGAAUCACGUGGCCUUAGGUUGUAUAACAAUUAUCUACUUCUCAA